AUGGCGAUGGCAACACUCAUGGCGUUCCUCACCUCUCAUUGCUGUCUCUCUUGCUGCGCUCUGCCUUACCGAACCCUCGCCAGCCUCAAACGUAGCCCCUUAACUACCGAGCAGACGGGUCUUGUGACGAUCGCAUCCAACCUUCCCCGGAUUCUCCCUCCCUCCCUCGCUCUCCCAAGGACCCGAGGACCCCAGGACCCAAGAGCCAGGGAAGACGCAGACCGACAAACUCAUCGGGAACCGCCGACAGCUGCUAGCUCGACCCUCAGCCGCCUGGAGAGUAGCCUAAGUUCGCUGCCUAUUAGUUCUUAA